AUGGAGGACGAAGCAAAGUGUUCCUUGCCAAAAUACGAGAGUUUAAACUUCUUAUCUGAGCAAUUUGACCCGCUAAGAGCUUUAUACACGCCAAGCCUACAGCCCCCUAUUCCUAAUAUACAUGUUUUCAACAAUAUCGCUGAAUAUGCUCGAGCUAUUAAAGAAGGAAAGACGAAAGCUCAACCUUCGGUUCCCRCACGUGAAGCCGUCGGUCCCAACAGACGAGCAAGAAACCUGAAGCCAGAAUUCAAACAACCUGAUAUUGGCUCCAGGCUAAAGGCAAUAGCAUCACAGAAGGCAGAGAAAGGGCAUGUGGCAGUAGACAGUGGUGUUAAACCGCCUUUGAUAGGAUACCAAACAGCUGAGAAGACUUUAGGCUUUGGGACCGAGCAAAAAUGGAAGAAAAAGUACAAGAACGUACUAGAACGUAUGGACGAGUGUGUGUCUGGACCAUUCAGUAUUCUAUAUAAAUGUCUAAAAGAACGCUACAAAGUYCAGGUGUGGAUAAGAAAAUACAAGGGAUUAAGGAGCGUGCUGACAGGCUUUGUGAUUGCCUUUGAUAAACAUAUGAACUUGACAAAAAGUGGCGGAGAUGGGGAUAGUAGCGUGGAGCUUCCUGAGUUCAAAAUCCCUAUGUCUUUUUCUCAGCAUUUUGCUUCAACAAGCACGCCACCAUUUGAAAAGACAGAAGGAAUAAACAGUAGCAAAGAUGUUCAUUCAGACAGUAAAAGAAUAAGUAAUUUGAGAGUAUCGUCAUCUUUAGCAUCGUCAAGUGGGACCGAUAAUGCUCCAAAUGAAUUAAAUGAAGGAAAAAGAGACAGUGUUGAAGACCUUAGUUUUGUUGACAGAAUGUCAUGUGGCAUUAGUGGGCAUCAGCAGUGGGAACCUCCUUUGUCAUUCAGGGAUGGUGCUGGUAUAGAAUCAUCUAGCAGUCAAGAUAUUGCUGUGGAGCACACUGAUUUUUCAUCAGAAAACCUCGGAUUAGAUGAGGGAAACGCAAACACAGGUGCAAUAAGUGAAUCACAAACACUUGAGGUUGAAAUGGAAACAAUAGGGCAUAACAUUGAGGAAACAUGUGAAGAGAAAUUAGAUGUUUUAAUGGCCCAAUCUGAGAUUCAAUCUUCAAAAAUAAAAUUAGCUCAAUUAGAAWCUCGCAUUGGUCUUGGAGGCAUUAGCGAAAGAACUAUUGAACCAGAGGUGAUACCGAUGGAAAUUCGUUUUGAAGAAUGCAGUAGUGCAACAGAACAUGAAAUAGAUAAUGUGACAGAAGCUCAACGAAAUGGAGAAAAAUCAAAUGAUCAACUACUUUCUACUAGUGCAUUAGAUUACSUGACAGAUGAUAACGCGGAUAUCGUGACAAAAAUACAGUCAGAUACACUAGAUUGUGUGACAAAGGAAGAAUCGGUAUUGGAUGGUAUGAAUCAUGUGACAGAAGACAAGUUGAAUAUCGUGACAAAUGAACAGUUAGAUACAUUAGAUUACGUGACAGAUGAUAACGUGAAUAUCGUGACAAAAGUACAAUCAGAUACGCCAGAUGAUGUGACAAAGGAAGAAACAGUGCUGGAUGAUGUGAGUGAUGUAACAGAAGAAAAGAUGGAUGUUUUGACAAACGUACAGUUAGAUACAUUAGAUUAUGUGACAAUGGAAGGAGCAGUGCUGGAUAAUGCGAAUGAUGAUGUGACAGAAGACAAGUUCAAUGUCGAGACAAAAGUACAGUCAGAUUCAUCCGUGUUGGAUGAUGUGACCAAUGUCGUGACAACAGAAAAAUCAGAUGAAGAGAAGCAGCUCAUGAUGAAAGUGGACAUGGUAGCCAAAGAACAUGUAGAUGUAACAGAUUUAGAUUCAACACUUUCUGAAGUGAAAGAAGACAACAUGAAUGUUGUGAUAGAGCUUCAAUCAGAUGUACCAAAUGAAGUGAAACAACUGGAUAUUGCAAUGGAAGAUGAUGUGAAAGAAAGAGAAGUUGACGUCAAGACAAAUGCACAAGAAAAAACAGUAAUUGUUGAUGUAAGAGCUCAAGAUAUAACUCAAGUGCUCUGUCAUGAUGUUGAACCCGUCAAGUUUGAAACAAAGGACGAUGUGACAGAAGACAAAAUAAAUGACGUGACAAAAGAAAAGUCAAUGGAAGUUUCCAAGGAACUGUAUUGUGUGACAGACGACAAGRUGGAUGGUGUGACAAAAGAACGGACAGAGAAAAUAGAACAAUCGGUAGGAUUAGAUGAUGGCGUGUCAAAAGUUGAGUCAGAACCAAUGCAACAAUCAGCUCUUAAAGAUACGCCAGACAAGGUGGCUGGCGUGACAAAAGUACAAUCAGAGACAAUAGAACAAUCAAUAGGAUCUGGUAAUGUGACAUCGCAUUGUUUUAAAGAUAAAAGUGCAACUUUGUCACAAUCAGAAAUAACGGAUAAUCCAACAGCUGUGCAAUUGAAGUCCGAAAACAAUGAAUUGGUGAGCACCAUAGAAGUUCUUCCCACAGGGAUUGAAAAGACAGAGAUGACACAACAACGAAUACUAGAGGACAAUGUAAGUGUAGUCGAUCAAGAAGCCAAGAGCGUAACAUCCGAACAGCUGAAAAUAUCAGAUAAUGUAGCUCAGGAAGAAAUAGCAGUUGUUAAAGUUAAUGCAGUCGAGAUUGUACCUUGCUUAUCCGAAAUUCAUUCGGGUAUAACRAACCGGUUGCCAUCAGAUUCUAACUCGGAAAAUUGCCUGGUUCCACAAGCAUGUGAAGGUUCCAGAGCUGAAGAUGACAUUAAAAGUGUUAUGGAAACAACUCUUGAAGCAGAAGUCGAAUGUGAGAUGGUAAAACUAACUAAAAUAAGCUGUGAAACGUCUGAUGGGAAUCUGCAAACCACGCAAGAGGAGACAGGUGCUCUCUCUAAAAGGAACAUUCAACAGGAUGCAAAAGAAAGUCAGCGUAAWRUAAAGGAAGCUGAAUGUGAGAAGCAAAAUAAAGUAGACAAGGAGGAACCGAAUGGUAGUACUACACCUCUGCCUGCUUCUGCCAUAACAAAAGAUAAAACCRCGAAUAUUGACAGCGAAAAGGAAGAAGGAGAAAUAACGUCAAGUGAUGAAGAGGGAGAAAUUGUUUCACAUCAAAAAUGCUCAGAAGCUAAAACUUUGAACAACGCAAACACACAGUCSAAGACAUUGUCUGUUUGGGACAGGCUUGGCAGUGGAAAAASAUUUUCWGUGGAAACGUCACAUGGGAGGCAUAAGGUAUCACAUGACAGUAARARGUCAAGUGAGAUUGACAGRAAACGAAAGUUAGGGAAAGGUCCUAGUAGAAGGGAGUUAAAGGAUGAAGACAAAAGACAAAUGAGAAUAAGUCACUCUGAAAAGACAUCAAGCGACGAGRUGAUGCGCAAAGGAAACGAAAUAAAGAGGAGAGAUAAGAUCAAAAGUCACGACGCGACUGAAAGAAGAAGGCGUUCUUCCAUCGAGUCAGGUAAAGAGGUGAAAACUCAGCAAAAGCGUGAGGCACAUAAGGAAGUUCGAAAAGAAGAAAAACGAAGCCACGGAGCGCAAAGGACAGCAGAAAAGUCAAAAGAAAAGUCUACACAAAACAAGCCAUUUGUCAACAAGGAGAAAGGAACGACUUGUACAACAGAAAAAGUCGGAAAAGUAGAAAAAGAAAAAGAAAGACAUAAAACACAAAGAACGGUAUCAGGAAAGUCAAAUGAAAAGUCGCCUCACAAAAGUUCAUCUACUAAAAGUGAAAGGACAUCAACAUAUCGASUUGGAAAAGAAGAAAAAGGAAGCGAAAGAGAACAAAGAAAGGUAUCAGGAAAGUCAUCCGAAAAGUCAAGAGAAAAGGCGUCCCUCGAGAAAUCUUCACACGAAAAGUCUGCGAUCAAGAGUGAAAGCACUUCUGCGGGUGCAGCAAAGGAGGUUAUAAAAGAAGAAAAAGAAACCCAUGAAACACAAAUAAAAAAAUCAAGGAAGUCGUCGUCUGGUAACAAAAGUGAAAGACCAUCUGAUGGUACAACGAAGAAUACAAGAAAAGAAGAAAUAGAAAAACAUGGAAUACAGAGAAAAAACCUCGAGAAAUYCACAGAAAAUGUGCCUCGUGAAAAGCCAGCUAAAAGCGAGAGAAGUGAGAGGAAAAUGCAGCAAUCACAAAGGAAAACUGGAGAAACAACAAGUUUGUCCAUGACAAGUACAAGCAAAAAGCCUCCAAGUGUGGAGAAAACAGAACGAAGAAGAGAAAAAGUUAUUACAAACGUGAAUGCGCCAGAAAAUGAAGGCACGACAGCUGACAAUGGUCUUAGAGUGGAUUCACAUGACAAUUCAAGAGAAAAAAGACAACAGAAAAACAAUGAUAAUAGAACUUUUGGUAAAACAACCGGAAAGCAAAAUAUUGACAUAAAAUCUGAUAAACAGCAAAAGGAAAGUAGUGGACAGAGUGGAAGAUCCAGUACUCGUAGAUCCACUGAGGAGUCUGYAAGGCAYAAGGACAUUGGCAGCGCAAGAGUUUCUGCUGAACAGGCAACCUCACAAGAAGGUGGUGGACGGCAAAGAAAAGGAACAAGCKCUUCAAAACAUUUUGAGAGAACAAUUGCCCAGAAAGWUGACAAAAAGCCUGAAAAACGUCACAAACAAGAAGAAACAAAACGAGAAAAAGAUGUUAAAGGAARGAGAGAGCGCCAAACUGUACAACCAAGUCAGAACGCAACAUCAGGAAAAGAUWGUAGUUUUCUGUCAAGACAGUCUUCAAAAGAGGUAGAAUUAUCAGAUAAACUUAGCAACACAAAGUCAGGAAAUAUAGAGUCGAGGCCUUCCAGAAAAGGUGAGACAAGAAAAAGUACCAAAAACGUAAAUGAUAAAGGUGAUUCAGUUUCAACAACUUCAGCAACAACAACUCCAAUUCAUACCUCGAAUGAUUUGAGCGAAAAUAGUUCCUCACGUAUGACCUYAAAUGUUAAAACUGAGGUUAAAAAAGUUGGUUUAUUACCAACACCAGUGUUAAAUCCAAAGUCGAAAGAUCAUUCUACAACCUUCGCAGCAACUCGUGUUUCAGAGGCUAAAGAUAAACGAGGCAACCGCAAUGUCUUUUCCACAACAAUGGAGAAGCGGAAGCAGGCUAGUGGAAAGAAAAGAAAGUUUUUGCAAGAAAGUAAUCAUGAAAGAAUGAAAAAAAGACAGAAAUUUACACAAGGGUSUUCACUCUCAAGAAUACCUCUCCCAGAAAAAACGUACUCCUCUAAACCAAAAUUUCAACAUACAGAGACYAGGSAAGAGCGAAAAACAGUUGAGGAACGAGAAGGCACUACUAAAGUUGCGGCAUCUACCAAUCGUAUUGAGAUUGGCAAAGGSAGAUUUUUGACGUUSAAACGACGUCAUAUUAAUCAGCUGUUCAUUCGAGGUGACAAUGUUGUCAUGAUUUCAUAUGCUACGUAAAAAUAGUAGAUUGAAGAAAU